AUGGAAAAGGGAAGAAGAGCUCAAUACUUCGUGGCAGCGGCUGUAUCCCUGGCUGCUGUUGUAGCUGGAGCCACACAAGCUUGGAGUACGCCGGUCAUACCGAAGUUCCACAACAAUGAAACUAAUAUCGCCAUUACAGACAAUGAGAUAUCAUGGGUGGCCGCCUUAGCGUCUCCUGGGUACAUGGCGGGCAGUAUGGCGACCAGGAUUGUCUCGGACAAGUUCGGAAGACGGUCAGCUGUUCUGGGCAGCGCCUUACCGAUACUCAUUGGAACUACAGUAAUUCUAACCACUGCGUCAGCGCGAUGUCUUUACGUGACGCGCUACCUAUGGGGCUUUGGUACUGGUAUGAUCGGAACAGUAUCAUCAAUGUACUUAGCCGAAAUAGCAGAUAAAGAAAUCAGAGGAAAAUUAACAGCAUCCAUCCGCUUUAUGUUAAGUUUUGGUAGCUUCAUCAUCAUGUCAAUUGGACCAUUCAUAUCCUACAACGCUAUAAGCUACAUAUUCCUAGGUCUACCUAUAUGUUACUUUGUUGCCUGUAGCUUUAUCCCAGAGACGCCAUAUUUCUACUUGAAAGAAGGAAAAGUGAAUGCAGCACGAGCUUCUCUAAAGAGAUUGAGUGGAGAUAGAGAUGAAAAGGCUAUAGAAGACCGGCUAUCAGCAAUGAGGUUGGACGUCAAAAAAGAAAUGCAUCGCUCUGGUUCUGCUAAAGAGAUGUUCACUGGGAAGAGGUACCGCAAGGCGCUGAUCAUUGCAACUGGGUUGAAAGUGACUCAAAUAAUGGCUGGACCGAUAGCCAUCCAACAAUACUUCGGCCGCAUCGUUCAAGAAAGCAAAACCAACGUGGACAUAUCCAUUGUGCUGAUAACAUUCGGAGCAGUUAAAUUUAUUGUCGGAAUAAUAUCAUCAGUGAUAGUGGACAAGGUUGGGCGUCGUCCUUUACUCAUCUACUCUUACUUAGGCUCUAGCAUAGCCCUGAGUGUUGUUGGAGCGUACUUCUUGAUACAACCCACCAGCUCUCCAUAUUACACCUAUAUUCCGUUCAUAGGCAUCAUUCUUUCUAGCGUAGUGUCCAUUCUAGGCUAUGAGCCAAUGAACUUCGUCGUCUCCGCAGAAAUAUUCCCUCUUAACGUUAAAUCAGUAGCAAUGACCUUCUUGAACAUUCUGGGAGGUCUGCUGAACUUCUUAUGUGUAAAAGGCUAUCAACCGAUGAAGAACGUAGCGGGACUUACAGGAGUAUUCUGGUUUUACGCCACCUUCGCAUUCAUAGGUUGCGUAUUCUCAUUUUUAAUGGUCCCAGAAACAAAUGGUAAGAGUUUGAGAGAGAUCCAGAUUCAGUUGCAAGGACAUUUGUAUGACGAAACUUACGACGAAAACUCUCAUAAUGUUAUUGAUAAUGAAGCUGAGGGUACAGAACUUAAAAAGUUGAAGCAAGAUGAUACAUGA